CCACAGCAAGGUUAACCCUUCAAAUAGGUAGUCAUCUUCCACACAGUCUCUCUUAACACAAGAAGCAAGACCACAGUCUGAAGACGGACGACCUCUACAGCUAAGGAGAUUUAGCAUCAGAUCGCAGCCUGCCCACAAAAGGGUUUAUAUUCCCUGUGCCUGGCCCUUGCUGCAAGGUCCCAGCCAUGCUCCCUUCCCAGCCUCUCCUGCUCGCUGUUGUGGUGGCACUCACAGUCCUCCAGGCCUUUGCCUCCGACACCUUCAUCGCAGCUGUUUACGAGCACAGUGUUGUCCUGCCAGAUGCCACUCUCCAGCCCGUUUCUCCAGACGAUGCUUUGGCCCUGAUGAACAAAAACAUGGAUGUCUUGGAAGGGGCCAUCAAGAAAGCUGCCCAGCAGGGUGCCCACAUCAUUGUGACUCCUGAAGAUGGUGUUUAUGGCUGGCUUUUCACAAGAGAAACCAUCUAUCCCUACCUGGAGGAUAUUCCUGACCCGGCAGUGAACUGGAUUCCCUGCACAGACCCCACAAGAUUUGCUCCAGCUCCGGUGCAGGAACGGCUGAGCUGCAUGGCCAGGAAUAACUCCAUCUAUGUGGUUGCAAACAUUGGGGACAAGAAGCCAUGCAACUCCAGUGAUCCCAGCUGCCCCAGUGAUGGUCGCUAUCAGUACAACACUGAUGUCGUCUUUGACCCGGAGGGGAAACUGGUGGCUCGUUACCACAAGUAUAAUCUCUUUAUGUCAGAAACCCAGUUUAAUUACCCAAAAAAGCCAGAAGCUGUCACCUUUGAGACCCCCUUUGGGAAGUUUGGCAUUUUCACAUGUUUCGACAUCCUUUUCCACGAGCCUGCUGUGGUCCUGGUGAGUGAGUUGCAGGUGGACACCGUGCUCUUCCCAACGGCGUGGAUGAACGUCCUGCCAUUUCUGACUGCGAUUGAGUUUCACUCUGCCUGGGCCAUGGGCAUGGGUGUCAACUUCCUAGCUGCUAAUACACACUACACUGGCUCAUCUAUGACAGGGAGUGGUAUUUAUGCACCACAUGGAGCCAGAACAUACUACUACAAUAUGAAAACCGAGGAUGGUCGCCUCCUCAUUGCUGAACUAGAUUCACACCCUCGCCUUUCUCCUACCUCCUCUCCUGCUAUCAACUGGAGCUCCUAUGCUUCGAGUGUCAAAAGAUUCUCUCCAAAUGACCAUGAAUUUGGAGGACUCAUCUUCCACGACCGAUUCACUUUGACUGAGCUCACAAAGCCUGAAGGGAACCGCACUGUUUGCCAGAAGGACCUCUGCUGUCACUUGAGCUACAAAGCAGCAGGGAAACAAGAUGAUGAAGUUUAUGUUCUAGGUGCAUUUAAUGGGCUUCAUGCUGUUGAAGGACAAUACUAUCUGCAGAUAUGCACGCUGCUCAAGUGCAAGAGCACAGACCUGAGCACGUGCGGGCAGCCGGUGGAGACGGCUCAGACCAAGUUUGAGAUGUUCUCCCUCAGUGGCACCUUUGGCACCAACUAUGUCUUUCCAGAAGUCUUGUACAGCGGAGUGCAGCUGGCCCCUGGGGAGUUCGAGGUGCUACGUGACGGGUGUUUGAAAAGCAAGAAUGGCACAUCAAAACCACUCGUUACAGUGACGCUUUUUGGAAGGUUUUAUGACAAGGAUCCCCCUCAUCCUCUGCAAACCUCCCCAUAGUUAUCUGUUACACAGUCACGGAGGACAAGAGGGGAAUUACUCCUCCUGAGCCAUGGUGGUUACCCGGUAUCCUUCCUGUUCUGCAGUCUUGCCCUGCUCAGCAGCCAUGGCAGCUGGGUCUAUUCAGGAUAAAGUGAUGUGAUCAUUCUGCUGUGCAUACCUUUUUAACAGUGUUUAAUUCAGUGCAGUAAUUUUUAGUAUGAAUGCUUCUUUAAUUAGAAUUUUUUUUCUUCCCUAAGAUAUCAUGCAGAUUGCCAGGAUUACACUAGAAAGAAGAGCAAUACUAAAAUGUGUGAAAUGUGAAGUUUGACAAUUUGCUGCAGAACAAAUCUCCAACGAAGGAAGCCUUUCUGUCUCUUUUGUCCUUUUCUGUUUUUCAGACUGUGUAAGCACUAAGGGUCCGUGUGUUUCUCAGCACACACCAAUCAAUAUGACCAUCCUAGUGCUCAAUGGGCCUUGGCCCCUAUCUACCCAAGAAACUGUACAGUGGAGAAAAAAACAAGUUUGAAAUGGGUUUAGGUGUAGAUUUACAGAAAGUGGUCCUUCACAACCUAUGCAGCUGUUGAAUCUGGCUGUGCUCUGUAAAGCAUCUUCAGUUCUGCAAACUCUCUGAGCUCUCACUGCUUCGUACAUAGUUCAGUGGUGGACUUGGCAGAGUUAAGUUAACAAUUCUAUGUCAGACGCAUGCUGGGUUCAAUGCAUAUUUAAUAGAAUCAUAGAAUGGUUUGUGUUGAAAGGGACCUUAAAAAUCAUCUAGUUCCAACCCCCAUGCAUGGGCAGGGGCACCUCCCAAUAGAUCAGGUUGCUCAAAGCGCUAUCGAACCUCCCUUGAACACUUCCAGGGAUGAGGCAUCCACAACUUCCCUGGGCAACCUCUUCCAGUGUCUCACUAUCCUCAUAGUGAAGUUUUUCUUCCUAAUGUCUAAUCUAAAUCUCCUCUUCUCUAGUUUUAAUCCAUUAGCCUUUGUAUUUUCGCUACAAGCUCUAGUAAAAAGUCCCUCCCUAACUUUCCUGUAGCCUCUUCAGGUACUGGAAGGCCACUAUGAGGUCUCCUUGGAACCUCCUCUUCUGCAGGCUGAACAACCAUAUAUUUUACCAUAUAAACAUAGUAUGCCAACACCUUCUCCUGAGUAUUUGAAAAAUUCUUCAAAACUGUGAUAGCAUAAGAAAUGGGCAAUGUUUUAGAACCUCAAGCACAUUUUGCCACAUACACCUUGGAGGGGUUCCUGGCUCGAUACUUAUCCCAUAGGCUUUUGUGUCUACUGCCCUUCAGAUCAGUGACAUACAGUCUGCACCAUGCUUAGCACUGAGCUACCUUAAAUGGGGCACAUAAGAAACAUGCUGUGGCUUCCCAACCCCUGCACAUCAGCAUACAUUAUCCAGAAGUUGUUAAAAUUGAGUUCUGUUUUCCGAUGUGCUCCUGCUUUUCAGCACAAAAUGUUGGAGGCUUCUUCCAGGAUUUGCUUCAAGUGGAAAUAAAACAGCUGAGCUUGUACUCAGGGGAAGGUCUGUACCACUUGGGAGUAGUUAUUCAAGACAGGCAGAACCUCGAGGUCAUACCUUGCUGGUGGUUUGCCCAGCACCUCAUCCUUUUUGCACCUGACUGAUGGUUAUCACCCAGACUUGUCUUUCAACAGAGUGUCAAGAGGCGAUAUGAUGGACCUGUAGCAGUACUAAUCCCACUUGACUGUUGGCUGUGUAAUGGGUUUGGGGUCCAGAAUUGCAGAGGGCCAUGGGGAAGGGUGGGAGCUGAUCUCCAGUCCCUGAGCCAGUCUGUCUCACAGCUGCAUCAGUGGUACUUGAAAGAAACAAAUACUUUGUAGGUUGCUGGUGUCCUGAGAAUUUUAUGCACUCUAAAUUGAUAUGGAAUUUAUUAAAAUCUUUCUCAAGCUGAAGAGGAAUACAAUCAGGAGAUAAAUACUGAAUGGAAUUGUAGACAUUCACUAUAUUGUUACUAUGUUUAUCUUUACACAUUAGGUUAAAAUUUCCUAAUCUCUCUAUUUGCACCAAAA